GCUCCACCCGCAGCGGCCGCGGGUAGGGUAGCGGCUGGCCCAGCCGGGCCCCGCUGCCCUCUGCCCUGGGCGCUCGGUUGGAGCGAGCUGGGCACUGCGGGGCAGGGCGAACACGGCGGCCCGGGGUCUCGUAGGCGAAGAUGGCGUCAGGCAGGCGCGCCCCGCGCACCGGGCUGUUGGAAUUGCGCACCGGGGCGGGCUCGGGCACCGGCAGCGAGCGGUGGCAGAAGGUGCUGGUUAGUCUGGCGGAGGACGCGCUGACCGUGAGCCCCGCCGACGGCUCGGAGCCCGGCGCCCCGCGGGAGCCGGAGCCCGCGCAGCUCAACGGCGCCACGGAGCCCGGCACGGCGCCCCCGCAGCUGCCCGAGGCGCUGCUGCUCCAGCGGCGCCGUGUGACGGUGCGCAAGGCCGACGCCGGCGGGCUGGGCAUCAGCAUCAAAGGGGGCCGGGAGAACAAGAUGCCUAUUCUCAUUUCCAAGAUCUUCAAGGGCUUGGCAGCUGACCAGACAGAGGCCCUCUUCGUGGGGGAUGCCAUCCUAUCCGUGAAUGGGGAAGACCUUUCCUCUGCCACCCAUGAUGAGGCGGUACAGGUUCUGAAGAAGACGGGCAAAGAGGUGGUACUGGAGGUCAAGUACAUGAAGGAGGUCUCACCAUAUUUCAAGAACUCUGCCAGCGGGACCUCGGUUGGCUGGGACUCGCCUCCUGCCUCACCCCUUCAGCGGCAGCCUUCCUCCCCUGGCCCCCCACCCCGAGACCUCAACGGUGCCAAACACAUGUCCUUGAAGAUGGCAUAUGUCUCAAGAAGGUGUACCCCCAGUGACCCAGAGCCCAGGUAUCUGGAGAUCUGUUCGGCAGAUGGUCAAGACACCCUCUUCCUGAGGGCCAUGGACGAGGCGAGUGCAAGGUCGUGGGCAGUUGCCAUCCAUGCCCAGAUCAAUGCUCUAAUGCCCUGGGUCAAGGACGAGCUGCAGGCACUGCUGGCAGCUACCAACACAGCUGGGAGCCAGGACAUCAAGCAGAUCGGCUGGCUGACUGAGCAGCUGCCCAAUGGGGGCACAGCACCCACCGUGGCCCUGCUGACUGAAAAGGAGCUGCUCCUCUACAGUUGUCUUCCCCACACCCGUGAGGCCCUAAGCCGGCCAGCCCGGACUGCCCCACUCAUCACCACCAGGCUGGUGCACUCGGGCCCUUCCAAGGGCUCAGUGCCCUAUGAUGCAGAGCUGUCCUUUGCCCUGCGCACGGGCACACGCCAUGGUGUGGAUACUCACCUGUUCAGCGUGGAGUCACCACAGGAGCUGGCUGCCUGGACCCGCCAGCUAGUGGAUGGUUGUCACCGGGCCGCUGAGGGUGUGCAGGAGGUGUCUACAGCCUGCACAUGGAAUGGCCGUCCCUGCAGCCUCUCUGUGCACAUUGACAAGGGCUUCACACUGUGGGCAGCUGAGCCAGGGGCAGCCCAAGCUGUGCUGCUCCGACAGCCCUUUGAGAAGCUGCAGAUGUCCUCGGAUGAUGGUGCCAGUCUCCUAUUCCUGGACUUCGGGGGCGCUGAAGGAGAGAUUCAGCUGGACCUGCAUUCGUGCCCCAAAACCAUGGUCUUCAUCAUCCACUCUUUCCUCUCGGCCAAAGUCACCCGCCUGGGGCUCUUGGCCUAGAGGUGGCCAGAGGCACUAGCCCCAAGGAGGGGCUGUCCACCCCAUGGCCUGACCUGGCUCUCCACCAGCUGCCUGCUCACCACUGGGCUGAAGGAAGGGAGAGGAAAGGAACAAGGCUGCAGAGAGACCCAGCCCCUGAGGAGGAUGGGACAGUCUUGGGGACUGGGACCCAGAUUCAGGACAGUAGAUCCUGCUGUGAUGGGGUAGUCUCCCUGCUGCCCCACCCCCAUCUCCCCACCAGUGCCUUUUGCAGAGAGAUAUUUUGUGUACACAGAAGCCAUUCCAAGCCUGGGACCUGCCCCUGUGGGGAUCCUGACCCCAGCCAACAACUGCCAAGCCUCCUAGAGGCCCCAAAGCCACCCCCAGAGGCCCUGUCUGAAGCUGGAGUUCCCUGGGGUCCGAGGCAAGAGAAAGAGGAGGAGCCCUUCUGUUCAUUUCUACCCUCAGCUCCACCACCUUGGGGCAUGUGGUUUUACCCUUCAUUCUCUCUUUCCUCCUUAUUGGAUAAAUAAACAGCCUGUGAGCACAUAGGUAGUCUGG